CUGCUGGCUGCCUGAUCUUUGGUGAAUAAACGGAUCCUCGCUUUCUCUACAAGCAAAUCUAAGUGCCGGGGGUGGAGCGGAGCCGUGGUCCAAGGCGGAACAGAUACGCCGGGGGUGUCCUGCGCCUUGAGAGUUGGGAAUUUGAUCCCGUGCCAUGGGUGGCCGGGCUGAGCCCCUGAGCCCCCUGACGCGCUGGUACAUCUACGCCAUCCACGGCUACUUCUGCGAGGUGAUGUUCACGGCCACCUGGGCCUUCGUGGCCGAGCGGGACUGGAAGUUCCAGGGCGUCACCAGCGUCUGGGCCCUGUUCAUCUACGGCACGUCCAGCCUGGUGCUGGAGCGGAUGUACCUGGUGCUGCGGGGUCGCUGCCCCCUGCUCAGCCGCUGCCUGUGUUACACCCUCUGGAUCUACCUGUGGGAGUUCGCCACUGGCUACCUCCUGCGCCGGUUCGACGCCUGCCCCUGGGACUACAGCCACUUCCGCUACCACCUCAUGGGGCUGGUGACGCUGGAGUACGCCCUCUUCUGGUUCCUGGGCUCCCUGGUGCUGGAGAAGCUGAUCAUCGGGAACACCCUGCGGCUGCGGCUGGAGGGGCCCAGCCCCGCGGCCGCCCCCGUCGGCCGCUUCGCACCCCGCAAGGACGCCUGAGCACGGCGCGGGCUGGGCCGCCCGCCCCUCUCCGGACUGUCCUGCUGCAGCUCCCGGAGCUGCGUGACGCUAGACAUGGGGGCGGCUUUGCGCGGUGGGUGCCCCGGCGGAGCGGGGCGCAGCUCUGAUCCUCCCGUCCUCACUCACUUCCCGCCCCCAAGACCCUCCCGCUGCCCGGAGGACUCCUGCUGCGUGGAUCCAUCCCCCAAUGCCAAUGCAGGGAGAUUCCCCGGGGACUGGUCCACCAGGAUGUACCCUGGGCCCUGUUCACAGCCCCCCACUCCUGCAUCCCUGUGCUUGGCGGCAGGAAUGGGGCGCAGGGGCCCCGGUCCCUGAGAUCUGCCUGACGCAGUUCAGGAAGGCAGCAAACCGGUACCCGGGUAUCAAAAGGGAUGGAGCAACCUUGGGGCUGCUCUGAAUGACUCUCUGCCCCCUAUGGGCCCUGGGGGGCAGGGAAUAGCCACAGCGCAGGGAGCUCUAGCCAUGCCCCCCAUCCGCCCCAUACAUGGUGGAGGACUGUGCUCCACACCAGGUGGGAAAACCCUCUUUAGGGGGUAGAAAUCUCAGGGGGGGGGCUCUGUUCCCCCCAGGGCUGCAUAAAGGACUCUUGGCCUAAUUAAUCUUUGCCACCCCCUCGGGCGGGAGCAGGAGGAAACUGCUCUUCUCAGGUGUUGCUGCUAGGGUGACCAGAUGUCCCGAUUUUAUAGGGACAGUCCCAAUUUUGGGGUCUUUUUCGUAUAUAGGCUCCUAUUACCCUCCACCCCCGUGCCGAUUUUUCACACUUGCUGUCUGGUCACUCUAGUCGCUGCUGGCAGCUGGGGUCCCCUUUUGCUGCUAGCCGUUUCUCAUGAUCAUGGCUCUUUGGGGGCCAAAGCUACUCCCCAAAGCAGGGAUCAGCCACGGUGCUAUUCGCUCAGGUGCUGGGGACACAGCCUGUCAUUAAAAAGUUCUUUUGUUUCUCUAUUAUUGCCGAG